AUGUCUACCCCCCCAACCGAAGUCCCCUCCCGUAGAAAGGACGAAAGAUUUAAAGAAAUAGGUGCUCCUUGUGAAUGGCCAGAGCUUUAUCGGCCAGGUGGAUACCACCCUGUUCAUCUCGGAGAUACCUUUUCGAAUGGUCGUUAUAGGGUAUUUCGAAAGCUCGGAGAUGGCUCAUAUGCUACUGUUUGGCUUGCGGUUGACAACAUAAAAACACAAUACGUUGCGUUGAAAAUCAUGAUGGCGAAAAAAUCCUCUGCGUCCGCCAACGUAGAGCUUACUAUUUCUAAUCGACUCGAAGCCAUGGCGCCAGAUUAUCCGUCCUCAAAGCAUGUCAUGAUGUCUUUAGACACCUUCGAGCACGAUGGGCCGAACGGAAAGCAUCGCUGCUUUAUUUAUGAGCCUAUGGGAUCAACUGUUACGUCCAUGGUCGAAAAAUUGCCUUGGGAUCCACCUAGAACGUUCCGCUCUCCAAGCCCUCACUACCCGAAAUGGAUGGCCAAACGGAUUCUGAAACACGCUUUGACUGGACUAGAUUUUCUUCAUAAGAAUGGUAUUGUUCAUGGGGACUUUCAGCCAGGAAACCUUCUGUUCUCAAUCCGUGGUGAUUUGAACUCAGUAGACGAGAGCAAGCUCCAGCAGAAUAAAGCCAAUAUAACGGAGCCAAUUGAACGACUAGAUGGCCAAAUCGACAAAUGGGCUCCAAAAUACUUGGUCAUUAGUGAAUCUCUCCACCAAUACGCCGAUUUAACCGCGAACUUGGAAAUCAAAAUAUCUGAUUUCGGUGCAGCAUUCUGGGUACAUGAUCCACCAGAAUCAACACUCAGUCCAGUUGCGCUGCGAGCUCCAGAGCUGAUUUUCAAGGAGGGUUUUGACUCGAGCAUUGAUAUCUAG